AUGGUCAAUCGAGAUAUCGCAGGAAACACCUGCUUUGCCCCGCGUUUAACUGAGAGUCUAACCUUGUUACAUGCUACGGUUGGCUACCAGGAACUCUUGAAUAGCUAUUACUGCAGUAGCUUUUUGCCUCUCGGUGCCGAGGAGCCUCAAAGUCCCGACGUAACGAGACCCACAUACAACACUGGAAAGAAACCCCUCCCUCUAUCUCCCUCCCUCUUCCCCCGCAACCUCUAA